GCUCGGCGCUGACUCCGCCGCACGCUGCAGCCGCGGCUGGAAGAUGGCGGGGAACGACUGCGGCGCGCUGCUGGACGAAGAGCUCUCCUCCUUCUUCCUCAACUAUCUCGCCGACACGCAGGGUGGGGGGUCCGGGGAGGAGCAACUCUGCGCUGACUUUCCCGAGCUUGACCUCUCCCAGCUGGACGCCAGCGACUUUGACUCAGCCACCUGCUUCGGGGAGCUGCAGUGGUGCCCAGAGAACUCCGACACUGAACCCAGCCAUUAUAGCCCCGAUGACUCCGAGCUCUUCCAGAUCAUCGACAGUGAGAAUGAGGCCCUCCUGGCAGCGCUCACCAAGACCCUGGACGACAUCCCUGAAGACGACGUGGGUCUGGCUGCCUUCCCGGCCCUGGAUGGUGGAGACGCACUAUCCUGCACUUCGGCUUCGCCUGCCACUUCAUCUGCACCCCCCAGCCCCAGCCCCUCGCUGGAAAGGCCCCAGGCCCCGACGCCUGAGGUGGACGAGCUCUCCCUGCUGCAGAAACUCCUCCUUGGCACGACCUACCCGACCUCAAGCUCCGAUACCCAGAAGGAAGGGACCGCCUGGCGCCAGGCAGGCCUCAGGUCUAGGAAUCAGCGGCCCUGUGUCAAGAUGGACGGCACCCAAGACAAGAAGGCCCCCACGAUGCAGUCUCAGAGCCGGAGCUGUACAGAACUGCAUAAGCACCUCACUUCGGUGCCGUCCUGCCCCCAGACUAAAGCCCGCUCCCCAGACAGGAGCUUGCAGCCACCACCCACCCUGAGUCCCCAGCUCCCAGCCAAGGAGGAGGAGGAAGCUGGCGAGGACUGCCCGAGCCCCCAGCCGGCUCCAGCCUCGCCCCAAGACUCCCCAGCACCGGGCAGGGCAGGCCCCGGCGCCCAGGGGUCCCGGGAGGACAUGCAGGCGAUGGUGCAGCUCAUUCGCUACAUGCACACCUACUGCCUUCCCCAGAGGAAGCUGCCCCCACAGGCCCCGGAGCCAGCCCCCCAGCUCUGCGGCAGCCCCUCCAAGCAGGUCAAACCCCGGCCCCGGUCCCAACACCCUUCCAAAGGCUCCUGGGCUGAGUUCUCCAUCCUGAGGGAACUUCUGGCUCAAGAUGUCCUCUGUGAUGUCAGCAAACCUUACCGCCUGGCCACACCUGUCUACGCCUCCCUCACACCCCGGCCCAGGCCCAGGGCCCCCAGAGACAGCCAGGCCUCCCCUGGCCACCUGUCCCCUGUGGAGGAGGUGAGGAUCACAGCGUCGCCCAGGAGCACCGGGCCCAGACCCAGCCUGCGCCCACUGCGGCUUGAGGUGAAAGGACACGCCGGCUGGUCAGCCAGGCUGCAGCGGGAGGAGGAAGAGGAGGAGGAGGAAGAGGAGGAGGAGGAAGAGGAGGAGGAGGAGGAGUGGGGCCGGAAAAGACCGGGCCGAGGCCUGCCGUGGACUAAGCUGGGGAGGAAGCUGGAGAACGCAGUGUGCCCCGUGCGGCGUUCCAGGAGACUGAACCCGGAGCUGGGUCCCUGGCUGGCAUUCUCCGAUGAGUCUCUGGUCCCUGCGGAGCCCCAAGGAGCUCUGCCCUCGCUGCGCCUGGCUCCUGAGGCCUACGACAUGGCGGGGGAACUGGGCAGCCCCACGGAUGAGGACAGUGGCCAAGACCGGCAGCUCCCACGGGGACCCCAGAUCCCGGCUCUGGAGAGCCCCUGUGAGAGUGGGUGUGGGGACACGGAUGAGGACCCCAGCUGCCCACGGCUCCCUUCCAGAGACUCUCCCAGGUGCCUCAUGCUGGCCUUGUCACAAAGUGACCCUCCUUUCGGCAGGAAGAGCUUUGAGCAGACCUUGACGGUGGAGCUCUGUGGCACCGCAGGACUCACCCCACCCACCACACCUCCCUACAAGCCCACAGAAGAGGACCCCUUCAAGCCAGACAUCAAACACAGCCUAGGCGAAGACAGAGCUCCCAGCCUCCCCAGCUUGGAGGGCCUCCAGCUCAGGGCUGCCCCCGUGGCUGCCCACAAGCUGCCAAAGAAGCACCCAGAACGGAGCGAGCUCCUGUCCCACCUGCGGCAUGCUACAGCCCAGCCAGCCUCCCAGACUGGUCAGAAGCGCCCCUUCUCCUGUUCCUUCGGAGACCAUGAUUAUUGCCAGGUGCUCAAGCCAGAAGGCGCCCUGCAGAGGAAGGUGCUGAGGUCCUGGCAGCCGUCUGGGGUCCACCUUGAGGACUGGCCCCAACAGGGGGCCCCACAGGCUGCGGGGCAGGCCUCCGACAGGGAGGAAGACAGAAGCUGUGACGGCGGUGCCCCUGCCAAGGACAGCGUGCUCCUGAGAGACCACGAGAUCCGCGCCAGCCUCACCAAGCACUUUGGGCUCCUGGAGACCGCCCUGGAGGACGAAGACCUGGCCUCCUGUAAGAGUGCUGAGUAUGACACGGUCUUUGAGGACAGCAACAGCAGUAGUGGUGAGAGCAGCUUCCUCCUGGAGGAGGAGGAGGAGGAGGAUGCAGAGGAUGACUCGGGGCUCAGCCCCCCUCGCUCUGACCACUGCCCCUACCAGAGCCCCCCAGGCAAGGCCCGUCGGCAGCCUUGCUCCCGCAGCCGCUCCAGCUCCGGCUCCGCCUGCCGCUCCCGCUCACCAGCCACCCGGAGGACCUUCAGAUGUGAGAGCAGAGGGCCGUGUUCAGACGGAACGCCAAGCGUCCGGCACGCCAGGAAGCGGCGGGAAAAGGCCAUUGGCGAAGGCCGUGUGGUGUAUGUUAGAAAUCUCUCCAGUGACAUGAGCUCCCGAGAGCUGAAGCGGCGCUUUGAAGUGUUUGGUGAGAUUGUGGAGUGCCAGGUGCUGACGAGAAGCAGGAGAGGCGAGAAAUAUGGCUUCAUCACCUACCAGUGUUCGGAGCACGCUGCCCUGUCUCUGAGGAAUGGCGCUGCCCUGCGGAAACGCAACGAGCCCUCCUUCCAGCUGAGCUAUGGAGGGCUCCAGCACUUCUGCUGGCCCAGACACACUGACUAUGAUUCCAAUUCAGAAGAGGCCCUUCCUGCGUCAGUGAAAAACAAGUACGAAGCCAUGGAUUUUGACAGCUUACUGAAGGAGGCCCAGCAGAGCCUGCAUUGAUAACAGCCUUAACCUUCGAGGAAUACCUCAAUACCUCAGACAAGGCCCUUCCAAUAUGUUUACGUUUUCAAAGAAAUUAAGUAUACGAGAAGGCGAGAGCGCGAGCGCGUGAGAGAACACACGUGAGAGAGAGAGAGAGAGAGAGAGAAAGACUUGAAACUGCUGUCCUUUUAAAAAAAAAAUCAAUGUUUACAUUGAACAAAGCUGCUUCUGUCUGUGAGUUUCCAUGGUGUUGAUGCCCCACGGCCACUGUAGCGUCCUCGCUUCCGGCGGGCGGCCCCAGGUGCGCCUCCCGGUGCUGGGCCAGCCCCCGUCCCCUCGCUCCCUGACCGGCUUCCCUCGUAGAUGUGCAGCCGUGUGCACCAUAACAUUUCUUGUCCGUAGUAUGUGAUGAUGAAAUUGUUACUCGUGAAUAGAAUCAGGAUUAUACACUCGUUUUUAAUUGAAGACAAAAAAAGUAUAUCCUUCAAAUAACGUAUUUAUGGCUCAGACGUACUGUGCCUGGGAUUAUUGUAUCGCUUCCUUGAUUUUUUAACUAUGCACUGUCGUGAGGUGUUUGCCACUGAGCUGCUGUGCUCCCUCGGCCAGGGCGCCCUAGAGGUGCUGGGUGGCUGGCGGGUUGGUCCCCAGGGGAGCGUGGCCUGCAGCCACAAGUCGGAGCAGUGGAGAAAGGCUUCUGGGACUUGCCUGCCAAGCUCUGCCCUGUCUCUCACUGAGCACACGUGGGUCCAGUUCCAGUCGGAACCCUCAUCUGGUGCCAGCCGGUGCUCGGAGCUUGGGCCUGGCCUGGAGUGCUCGGAUCCUGGCAGACCCUGUAAGGAAGGUGGGGCGAGCCGCCUGAAUCUUGUUUUUCCAGGCGAGGCGGGCAGUGCCCCAAGAGGGGAUGUGACUUGCCCGAGGUCCCAUGGCCAGUGAUAGGGCGGAGCAGUGACCCAGCCCAGGCCUCCUGAUUCCUGGUCCCAUGCCCUUGCAGUAGCUGGGGUAAAAGAUGCACAGUUCCAGGGACUGGUGGAGGUGAGACCAGCUACGUUGGGCCACAGGCAAGAGGCCUCUGGGCUUACUCGGAGGGUUAAGUCAAAAGCUGGCUCGCCAGCAUGAGGAACGUUUAGGCUCGGGCAUGCGUCUUGAUCCAGAGGCUUCUGUGGUUUGCCUAUACCUGUGGACAUGCCAUCAGAGCCUCAGUGACAUACCUGGAGUGGCACAGGCAGGUGAUCUGGGAGCAGUCGUCCUCCUGGGGCCAGCCACCAGCCCAUCCUACUUCCACCAGCUUGUCUUCCCCUUCUCACCUGUACAGUUGUCUGGGCGGCAUGAGGCAGGGGAAGCAGGAGGGGCGUGUGAGGGCCGGGGGGUGGAGAAGACAAUCUCCAAGGUCCUUUCCAACUUAGACAACAUUCUAAUUGGGCUUUACUUUAAAUUUUAUGUUCUUGAGUGAUGUCAAAACCAUGUCCAGCUUGGAUGUUCUGCAGGUGCCUUGGGGGCCAUUCAUGAGGGAAAGCCUGGCCAGGCAGGGUAUGAGCUCGUUACCUCCAACUUCAUCUUGUUCAUAUGUCAGGGUUCCUUGGGAAAUGUUUGUAUUAAGAAGAAAAAAAAGAGAAAAAGUCCUGCUUGCUUUAAAAAUAAACGUUUGAAAUUAACUCA